AUGGCCAACAGGAGCAGGCGUCGCUCCUACGGGAAGCUCCACACCCCGCCUCGCGCCCGCAAGCGCAGGCGCAAGCGUCGCCCACCCCCUCCCGACCUCACCCCUCCCCCGCUUAUUCGCAUCACGUCUCUUCCGCUUCUCACGCUUGCGCCUGCUACUUUCGACACGCUUAACAUCUCCUUCGACACUUACGCCACUCCGCUUGACAACCUGAACACGCCCGUUGACGAAGAGGACUGUGGAGGACCAGUGCUAGCAGCCGAGGAGGGAGAGGCGAUCCAGGCGGCGGCGAAGGAGCCGCAUACAACUUCCACGGAGACGGGAGAGACUGGACCCGCGGACAGAGCAGACGGAGAAGACCGGCAGAUGGAAGAGGGCGAGGAAGGCAAAUCCGAGCGUCCGGAGAACGACGGGAAAGACGACUCUCGCGACAUCCUGCGAUUCCUCCGCCAGAUCCUCCGCCGACACCGCGGCCGCUGUCGCUCUCGCCGCCGAAGUUCAGCGCCCGCCGCCAAGGCCUCGUCACCCACCGUGUCGCCAUCCAAAGUCGAGCAGACUCACGACGACCGCAUCGCAGCAAUCUGGCGCGCUUGGGGCGGACGGGCUCAACCGGCCAAGGUCAUCGGUAGCCGACGCUUUGCGGCCCAGGGAAAGAGGACGAGGGCAGCGGGAGCAAGGGAGGGACCGAGUGCAGGAUGCGAAGGGUCGAAUAACGAGAUUGUCGAAGAUGAUGAGCGGACCAUCGAGGGCGAUCAGGAAGGAUGUACGACGAGCGAGAUGGGGGUCGAGAAAGUGGGAAGGGAGGAAACGAAGGCGGCGCCGGGUUCGGAGGAGGGCGGUAAUGGCGAGGGAAUGAGCGCUGGGAACAAGCCGGGAUCGGGGACCAGGUCGACUAUGGCCGUAAAGGAAACGGAGGUCACGGGCGGCGAGGCUGUGGCGAUGUACGAUGGUCCAGCGCCAGGAUCUUGCCCGGUACAAGACGCAUGUCUCGCUCCUACGCCUGCUCCUUACGCCACCGAUAGGUUCACAGUCGGCGCCAUGUCCCCUUCAUCCGGCGACGCCUUCUCGAUGACCCGCUCGAUCCGCAACUUCAUCGGGUACAGUCUGCAGGUCGCCGGAAUCCUCGCCGGCAUGUUCCGUCGCGACCACGAUAUGAAGUUGGAGAAGGUGCCGGACGUCGACCAGAAGCAGAUCUUCGUCAAGACUUUGCCAGGAAGGACGAUCACUCUCGAUGUCAAGUCCUCCAGCACGAUCGACAUCGUCAAGGCCAAGAUCCAGGACAAGGAGGGCAUCCCUCCCGACCAGCAGCGGCUCAUGUUCGCGGGGAAGCAGCUCGAGGACAGCCGCACGCUCGAAGACUACAAGGUUCAAAGGGAUUCGACCCUUCAUCUCGUCUUGCGCCUACGCGGCGGCGCGGGGGACAUCAGGUUGCUGACGACAAGCGGAGAGAAGCGCGUCUCAACCGCGGGCGUAAAGACGGCGUGCGAUCUCAAGAUCAAGCUCGAAGCGCAGUUCGGCUGGACCGUCGACCAGCUCAGACUCUUCAUCGCGCCCGACAAGGAGCUCGCCGACGGCGAGUUGCUACUCAACGACUCGCAGGGCACCGGCCUGACGGUCUUCGUAUGGCUUCGCACUCCCGGCGAUACCUCGGCCCCGAAAUCAAUCGUGCGACUGCUCUCGAAGAGUUCGCCAGGUUCAGCGACCGUUCCACGUGCCGGCGUCGUUCCAGCUGCAACCUCGUCACUGGAUCAUCGAUCGAGGUCGGCCCGUCCGGCGCACGCAACUACUGGCGACGCGAAACCCGCCCCGUCUCUCAGCGAGCCGCCUCGUCUUUCCGGUGCGCUUUCGGCGCCUUCCGCUCCGGACGACAGCGACGAGAUCAUCGUGCUCGACUUCACCCCGAUCGCCUCAACUUCGACUUCGAGGUCCGCCGCACCUUCAGGCUCGCCCGGGACCGUGCCGUCCCUCCCAGGACUCGUCACCGAGGAGCUCGCGGAGAUCAAGCCAGAAGACGAUGACGAGAGCGACGUGGAGUACGAGACGGAGCUGUACGGUCUGUACACGAGGGAGCUUGAGUACGGCGCAGAGGACUCGGGCGACGCCGGCGAUUCGAGGGCAAAGAAGCGUCCUGCCCGUCUCGAGCUGCCUACCCUACCUGACCCUCCGCCCUGGAAUGCCGAGACGUAUAUCGAGAAGGAGACCCGCCAGGUCUUGCGCCAGGCCACGAGGCGUAUUCUCAAGAACGUCGAGGUGCGGACGACGUACGGAGGUGGUCAACCGCUCGAGCGCUUCCGGUUGUUGAGGAGGGGUCGCCUUGCUGGGGCCGGCGGUGGCGGCGGUGGCGGGCGGGGAGGCCGGACGGAGGAGGAGGAGGAGGACGACGACGACGAUGGCGACCCGAGUGAGGCGACAACCAGAUCCGACACAGACUGCCCGGCACGUCAAGACACCCGGGCACUCUUCGGAUGCGACGCCAUGCUCAAAAGUCUCGUGGAACUCGGCAACAGCGACACAAGUCGCCUCGUCCUGCACUACACAUGCGACCGCAUCCCACCCCUUCUCCCCUCCCCGCUUCCCAUCGCCGACUACGACCCCAUCAGCGGGACCACCACCGUCGGACGUGACGGGGUGCUCGCAAGCGCCUUCUCGUUCCUCGAAAACGCUCACCUUGUCGAUUGCCACAUAGCCGUCGAUGGCUGGACUGCCUUCGUGGCCGAUCACCCGUUGCUUGACGGCAUCGGGACUCGCGUGCGGCGUUACCUUGCAGGCGACAACAAGCACGAAAUCGUCGCCAACAUCCUCUCCUCGCCGGAACAGGCUCGCGGCGUACGAGACGGCCACCGAUCGUGGGACUUGGAGCGGAUGAAGAAGUUUUCGACUAUGGCCGGCGUCGUCGUCGUCCACCUUCGGACCAAGACGCUCGCCGACUUGGAACUCGGUCGCCUACGCGUCGCCAUCUACAACAACUCAAAGACUCUCGCCGAUGCCGACUUGAUAUCGUCCCUUCAGUCGGCCGCCAUCAACACAACCGGCUGGACGUACCGGCAUCAGCCGCGCGAUAAGGAGUCGGUCUCCGAAUGGCUCGCGCGCGUCCCACCGUCUUACCGCCGCGCCCUUGAGCGCUCCUAUCUUCUUCCUCGGCUUCUACCUCGCCUGAACAAGGUGCGGACGUAUUGGGGCAGACGAGACGGUGUCUGCCGGUUGAUCUGGCAGCUCGACAAGCCCACGUACCGCAUCGGCACUAUCGUCGAGACCUCCAUCAAGUUUACAAGCGAGGACGGUUCCAAAAUUGUCCUUUCCGUCGCCGCAGGACUCGCAAAGUCCAUGGAGGAGGCCAAGGCCCUCGGCGCGCAAUUCCUCAAGGACAAGGGACGCUCUGUCAACAAGGAGGACAUCGGCCGAGCAGCCCUGAACGUUCCGAAGGGAACGGCAUCACCGGCGCGGCGAGGCGAUCACGCGACUGCGGGUGCUCAGCUGGCGUUCGUCGCGGUUUCUAAAAGGCUGCAAGUUCCCGGUCAACCGCUCUUUGGUGUCCUCGCGUCCGCAGCAUCGGACGGUACGGAGCGCUUGAGCAUAAUGGAGCUUCCGCCCAUCUCUUCCGCGACCUGGGAUCGUCACGCGCUCGCGCCCGACCUUGCUCACAAACGUUUCGGCGCAAUGCGGCGCCUUUCGGCUCCUGCUCGCUUCGCCAAGUCAGCCUACGACACCCUCCUGCGCGAGAUGAAGGCCAAGUUCGCCCUGACACACAAAGGGCAGGCGCAAAGCCUCGCCAAGCGCGUCGAACUGCUCUUCACGUCUGGGAUUCGGCUCAACUUCUUCUACGCCCCCAGCCAGCACGCAUGGCAGCUAGUCACGCCGAGUACGCAAGCUGCGGGCUCGCGCCGAGUCGACUUCACAUGGAUCUCGCUCCGCCAGAACGGCAACCUCGCCAAAGUCCUCGAGCACCGCGCGUCGUCUGCACCUCGGGAUGCACCUCAGUCCGGCGGCAAGGCCAAAGUUCCGGCUAUCCUGCGUGUUCGCGGCGCCGACAUCAUCCUCCAGGUGCCCAAGGACCCGCUUACGGACACGUGGGACGACUCGAAACCCGGCGCAUCCCUGCUCGACAUCAAGUUCAUGACCGGCGGAUCGAUCAAGCGCCUCGUCACAAAGACGCUCGAACUUGAAGAGUUCUGGACGGAGAUCAAGGGGCCGUCCGAGGCCUUCCUCACCGAUGCGGAGCGGAGCGCCAUGCUUGCGAAGGCCGUUCACGGGGAAGAUCUCGAGCGCAUCGAAGCGCCGCGCGAGUCGUCCGCCCUGCACAAGUGGGCGCUGGAGCAGCCUUAUCCGUACUUAGGAGGCAUCCCUGUCUGCUCCACCAGCGCCGGCGUCCUCCAGUUCUACGCCGACCCAGCAGUCGGCCUCAGCAGCAACCCGGGCGUCUUCAACAUAGUACCGCGCCAGAUGCCGAAUCUCGGUUUGAGGUCCGACAACGGCGUCGUCGAGAACAAGCUGUUCCGCAUCUUCGAGCAGGAGGGCGCCAUCUGGAUCCGCGGCGACUCGAUGAGCUGUCCAGCAAAGCUCACUCAGUUCGGACGCGCGCCGCUGUCGAAGGAGGAGCUUUUGAGGGCCGUGCGGAAGGCGCGGGCGCUCACGGAAGAGGAGCAGGCGAAGACGGAGGGAUGA